UGUUCGUUUCUCACAUUUUCAUCUUUGAAGCUAGCUUGGGAGUUUCUCAUUCCACACCUGAUUCGAUUCGUCGCAGGAUACUUGUAAGCAAGAUGACUUUGUUUUGCUGCUCCGGCCGCGCAGACUACAUGAACCACUGGCUGAACAACCACGGCACCAAGCUGAUCAAGGAGUUCAUUGCCUUCACAAACGGAGAGACCUUGCCCGAAUGCAACGAGCAAUUUGCAAUUCAAGCCGUAACCAAACAGGACUUUGGUCCCGUCCUUAGCACCAUCUGGUAUGUCCGCGAAGGCACCGGUUUCAGGAUUGAUGACACGAGCAACAGUGACAGGAGAUUCCAACGUUCCAACGACUUCAAGAACUUCAAAUGCAGGUCCCACAAGCGCUUCUUUGAGGUAAACUUGUACACCAAGGAUGGAGUUUCGCAUCACCAUGAAUCCACCCGUUCUGGUAGGUCCUACGCCCGUGACGCAAGCAUUGACCAAGACUCAGGAAUCUGUACGAAAGGAGCCCACUGGACUCACCCUGCCCAAAAGUAGUUGGACAUGGCGAAGGUUGGCAUACCCGGCAAGGCAUUAAACUCUUUAUGGA